AGGAAAAAUAUCGUAGUAAAUUCCUAUACAACCGAAAAGAGGAGGCAAAUGAAGGGAGAAGGACCAAAGACAUGGAACCGGUCAUCUCCCUAGAUGGCGCAGUCGAGAGUUGCGAUCGCUUAUUCAUUCAGACAUCUUAUCUACAACUCAACUACACUAAAGCCAUUUUUUUAAAUCCAUGUUAUAGAAAUGAUGGAGUUAUGUAUUUCAUGAAAGUUCUAAGUUUUGUGCUGCGUUGGUUCCUUUAGCUUAAGAGCUAAAUUUAAUUUCUUCCAUGAAAUUAUGUCUUUGCGUUUAGUAGACUAUUCUUCAGAUGAAGAACAGAGUUUCGACGAAAUAAAUAAAACUGUAAAUGACUCAUCUAAGGAAAAUGUUGAGAACACUUCGAAAGGGGUGACAGAACCUCUUCCAUUGCCUUUUGAAAUUCAAGAUAUGUUUAGUAAUAAUGUCAAUCACACAGAAGAUCCAUCUAAACAUGGUGGGAAGAUAAGAUCUUUUCCUCAUGAAAGGGGUGUUUGGGCUACACAUGUAUUUAUUGAAUCUUAUGAACUCUUACUGUUUCAGCUGAGGUUUGACUCUUUAGAGGUGUAUGAAAAUGAAGAAAAGACAAGGACCUUUUUAGGAUUAAAAAUUCAUUAUGGACAUGAUGCUUUGACAAAAUUGGUGGAAAGAGUUGAUUCAUGUCUUGCCGAGUUUCAGUUGCCCUGUUUUUAUGAGGAACCAUCUUUUCAUCUCAGCUUUGCAUCCUGUGUGGGUAGUAAGUCACAAAUUAUAGAAUCCUUUCUGGCAAAUCUGAAUAUAGUGUUUCAGGUAUUUGUGAAAAAUAAUCCUUGCUUUAGAACAUUGAAUGUUACUAAAAUUCACUGUAAGAGUGGGAAUAAACUUUUCACUACAAGUUUAAAAACUUGACAUUUUGAAAUUAAGAUGUAUCAAUAAUUUAUUUAUAAAUAAAGUUAUUUUUGUGUUUUAAAA